CUCAAGUGCCAGCCCAGCCAAGAAAUUACCUUCUACAAGAGUGGCGACGCACAGUUCAAAGGCGUCAAGAUGGCCAUCCAUAAGAGAAGCUUCAGAUGCUUUGAUGCCUUGUUGGAUGACCUUUCCCAAAAGGUUCCUCUGCCUUUUGGUGUGCGUACCAUCACGACCCCCAGGGGUACCCACAGCAUUAAACAUUUAGAGCAGUUAGAGGACGGAGGCUGUUACCUGUGCUCUGACCGCCGCUAUGUUAAGCCAAUCAACAUGGAAGCUGCAGGGAAGAGGCCGGCGGUCUGGCACCAUCACAGUCACCCGCAAAACCCUCGGCGCAAACCCUCCCGACCCGAGGAGCCACCCACGGGACAUCAGCACCACCAUCGGCACCCCAAAAGGAUUGUCCUGGUAAAAAACAACGACCCUACCGUAAGGCGAUCCAUCAUUCUGAGCAGACGAACUGCUCGGAGUCUUCGCGUCUUCAUGGACGAGAUUUCCGAACUCAUGCAGUGUCAUGUCAAGAAACUCUACACUCUGGAGGGACGUAAGAUUGACAAUAUUCAGAGUCUGAUGCAGUGUCCUAGUGUGCUGGUCUGUGUGGGUCGAGAGCCCUUCAGGCCGCUGCUCAUGGAAAGCUUAAAGAAGCUCUCAGAUGAAAAGCUUCCAGGAAUGGGCACAAGGUCUCACUCCAGCAUCUGCAGUGAAGGGCAUGAAAGCAAAAAGAAUGUUAACUUUGGCCUGGAGACAAAGAAAAGCAUUAUCCAUCCACGAUCAGACUCCAGUAACAGAUCUACAAGAUUCUCUCUUUCUUCAGAAAAGUCAUAUCAAAAUGGAUUAUGCAUGACACCCGGACAGUCCGGUUGUGUCAGUAACUGUCCUUAUGUUAAAGAGGUUGUAGUGAACGAUGACAUUGAGAAAAGAGUGCUUGUAAACAAAGACGGCAGCCUUUCGGUGGAGAUGAAGGUCCGCUUUCGGCUGUUCAACGACGAGACUCUUCAGUGGUCCACUGAGAUCAAGAAGUCAUCAGUGAAAGUGAACGACUCUGGCUCUGUGAAAGAUGCAGACUAUAUUCAAGCUAAAGCUGAAGGGUUUUCAGACCCAGACUCCAUAUCUGCAUCAGAGACUGAUGAAGCCUUUGCAACAAAGCUGCAUCAGAAGCAUAUAGAGGAAACGCUUUGUCAAAACUGUUGCAAUCACUGCCAAGAGUACGACAUCUGGAAAAACCCAAUGCACAAAGAAUCGGGGACCUGUAAAUCACCUAGUUCCAGUGCAUCGUCUCACAAAGUUGUACACAAAAAGUCAUCAGUGGACAGUACACACACGAUUUCUCGCUCCAGCGGUGAGUACACUGAGCAUGUAGUGGAAAAGGCCUCGUGCUUUCAGCAAACAAUGGAGGAAGGAGACACUAGAGUAGAAUACUGUGCAAUAAGUCGUUGCUGCAAUCGAAGUGAGGUAUCAUCUUCGGGCGUCAUGUCAAAGAGCAAGAGAUCUUGUGAGGACGACUGUGAGAGUCAUGCUAAAACUAAAUAUUCUCAUAUGGAACCUAAAAUCACUCCUACUCCACAUUGUGAGGUCAUUAAGGUCAUGGAAGAGCGGCCAGUGUCUGCAGUCAGCAACUCCUCCAAUGUGCUCGAGUCUUUGAAGGAAGACCAGGAUGAUGAUUAUGAUGACCUGCCUCCAAGUGUCUCAAGAGCCUCACACUGGUCUCAAAGUGACCAUCUUGAGAGUGACUCUCAACCCAAAUGCUUUCAUUGUUGUGGAUACCAGUCUUCACCAACAUCUUAUUUGUCCCCGAGACCUCCAAGUAAAGAAUCAAGCAGUGCUGUUCACUCACUUAAGCUCAAGAAGUAUAAAACCACUUUUGCAGCUCCAGCAGAGCCAGAUGGGAUGAGUACGACAUCUCCAAUGUCAAAGGUGUCCUCCAGAUCACAUCCUUGUCACUGUGGAGCCUUAACCCCAAGUUCAGUUGUAUCUGGUGGGGGGCAAAGGCCUGAGGGAGGAGCUUGUAGUACAAAUUCCAGACAUAGCCAAGAAUCUUAUAUAUCUAGAGGUCAAGCAAACACCCCAGGAUCCAAAGCAUCCAAUGCUCUGGAGAUAUGUGAUGAAGAUGCUGCAAACAGAUCUUUAAGUGCCACUUCAGGCGUGUCAAAACGAUCUGGGAAGUCUGGUGUAUGUUCAUGCUGUGGUGAGCAUAAAAGAUUUAAUGGGAAUCCAGAGGGGAGUGAAGCAGGAAAAGCUGAUUCCAUAGUGUCGAAGUCAAACAAAGCUGAUGCAUCCUCUAGAAAUGCUCAUGAAAACUGUGAACCAAUUAAUAAUAAUAAUGCAGAAGGGGAAGCCACUCUGGAACGCUCUGAGUCUGCACUGUCAAAAAAUUCAAAUGCCUCUUCUAUUUCAAAAAUCUCCAAAAAAACAGACUGCUCUGCACAUGAAAUGUGUUCUGUUGGGAAAUCAUCAAAAUCUAAACAUAAUGAAGCAGAAAGUGUUAAAGAAAGAACCAAAAGUGCCACACCUGCAAGGUCAGUCGGAUCAGACUGCAUUGUUUCAGAGAGAGAAGCUGUCAGCCCAGUGUCAGCCCAUUCACAUUUAUCAGCUGCAUCGAGGACAUCCCACAAAUCAAAGUCUCAACAUUCAGAGAAUGCUAAAACGCCUAGAUCUUGUAGUCCAAAUAAUUUAGAGGAAGUGCCAUCAAACAUAUUUAAUUCUCAGGGUGAUAUAUCAGAAAGUGCUGCUACUCAGAGUCAUAGUGCAACAGAUAAUCAUUGUGGACAAGAUACAGAGUUUCCUAAAGAAGUGAGAUCAGCCAGUGCCAUGUCUAAUAAAUCAAACCGAUCUUCUGAACAUCUGUCACAUGCAUCGGAGCAAACAACUAGGUCUGUCAAAUCUUGUUGCGCUUUACAAGAAGAGGCCACUCAAAAUGCCAGCAGUCCUGAUGUUCAGCAUGAGCCAGAAACUGAGGUAAGCACUGAAGGGAGACCGUGCAGUCCACUGUCCAACUACUCCAAAAUAUCUGUGAAGUCCCAUACAUCCUCAAAGAACUCGCAUGCAUGGUCUAAAUCUAAGGAAAGGGUUCCCAGUGCAAUUUCUGUUAAAUCAAACUUGUCUAAAGGAUCUUGUAGGUCCCGCAAAUCAAAUCACAAUGUUCCAGAAACCACAGUUACCUCAGAACCAAUUGAUACAACACCUAAUGGAUGUGCAACACCAGAAAGUGAGUCAAAUAGAGCCACUAGUGCAAUGUCUCAAAAGUCUAAUGCCUGCUCUGAAGGAUCUGUCAAAUCCACUGCAAAGAGCAUUGUAUCUCAGGAAGUGGAGAAUGGCAAAGACUUGACACAGAAUGCCUUAACUGUGACCUCUCCAUCUCCUAGGUCAAAGAGGUCCCCAUCUCCUAGGUCAAAGAGGUCCCCAUCUCCUAGGUCAAAGAGGUCCCCCUCUCCUAGAUCAACACACAACACUGAAAGUAAAAAAAACGAAAGCAGAGCUCCAAGUGGGAUGUCAGUAAGCUCUAAUAUAUCCUCACAGUCCAAAACAUCCAAAAAAUGUCAUUGUAUCAGCUCCUCAAGUGGUAAUUUGAAAGAGACAAAGACUGAGAUGCUAAAAGAGGAUGAAAAAGAUGAAUCUGAGAGCUUGUCAGGAAAAUCAAAGCUCUCAUCUAAAUCUCUUAAAAAUAACAUUAAGCCUGCAGGCAACCACUUUGAUGAACCUUUAAGUCCCACAUCAACAGCAUCUGUUUCUCUUGGACUAGAAGAAGAGCACAAGGGUGUUGACUUUGAUGAACGAUCAACCAGUGGCAUGUCAGCCACCACAGAGGAAGCUGGACACAAGCUAGAGACUGUAAAUGGAGUGGAUGCAGAGGAAAGGCCAAGGACAGAAAUGUCUAUGAACUCUGUAAUUUCAGACAAAUCCAAAAGGUCCCAUCACAAGAACUGUAAGACUCCUGUUCAAGCUCUUUCUUCUGUCUCAGCUGAAAGCAUCAUGUCAGCAGAACUCAAGAAAAGCAAGUCAGGAAUCCAUUUAAAUGAAAACAAUAUCAGAGUGCCCUCCACUUUGUCACUGUCAUCUUCACGAAGUAAGUCACCCUCGAGAGUUUCACAGAGAAGUGCUAAAAAUACAGCUAUGAAGGACAAAGAUUGUGAGGCUGUCAACAACACCAACCAUGCAGAAAUGAAUGAAGCAUCUUCAAAACAUGACCCAAGUGAAAGAACCUCUGGAAAAGCUAUGCCAGAAAGCGACUGUUUAAACUCUUCAAAAACAUCUGAGUAUUCGGAUUGUUUUAUCUCGGCACUUUCAGCAGCAGAUCUAUUAAAAGAGAUUGUAGGCAACGCAAGGCCAGUCAGUAGAGGAUCAAAGUCAGUUGCCUCCAGCAAAAAUGUUGACAAGGUUGAAAAUAAGAGCCAAAAAAGCUGCAGGAGCAAACACAGCAAGGUCAGCAUCUCAUCGGAGUGCAACAACAAGGAGCUGAUGCCGUCAUGCUUACCAAAUGCUUCCCCUACAGACGUUGUGAAUGACUGGCUUAUGAACAUUCCCAUUGAUGGCCAUGUUUAUGAAAUGGAUGUCGAACUCGCUGAAGAUAUGACCUUGACUGAAGGUGGUGAAGAUACUUCUCAAAGAGACAAAGUUAAGGCACCAGAAAGCAUAAUAGAGAUUGAGAAACCUCAUGAUGAUCAAGCAGGUGAAAAUCCUAUUCAUCAGGAGAUGGAUGACAUUUGUGUUGAGCCAGAGUUGUACGAUGAAAGAGCACAACUGGAAGUAAGCGAAACAGAUCUCAACCCCACAGCAGUAACGAAACAAGACAGUUUGCAAAAGCAACAUCAUUCUUCGGUUCAGGUCAUGAAGGUUUUACUGGGCCCAAAACUAGAUAGAUCAAGUAGUUUACCUGAGGUCUCCCCUGUAUAUGGUAGAAAAUUAAGCCAGUCUGCUCAAGGGCUGUUGGACUGCCUUGCGAACUUAAGAUUGAUUGACUCAGACUCCAAAAGUGAAAAGCAUCAGAAAUAUAAUGAAGUAAUGAUGAUCCUACAGUCGCUCUGGCUCCAAAAGCCCUCUGAGGAUGAGCAGAAAAGCCAGAACAUGAAGGAACACCCCUCUGCUGAAGAUGAAUUUAACCCACACUCUUCAUCUGGGGUUGAUGUUAGCAGUGGCUCCACCGGUUCUGUUAAAGGUAGCAUGAAUGGCGUAUUAGAAAAAGCGGAGUCUGUACAAGACACAAAACCACCAAGUGCCGAACGAGGAGGCUCAAUGCAAGAUAAAGAUGAAAAAGAACCGGUAAAGUCUACAGCUCAGGUAUGCGAAUGUUUAGAUCUAUCCAAAGUCCCCUCAGAUCCAGUGACUCCAGACAUUGCAGAGCGAGUGCAGGCAAGUCCAGUAAAUACGCAAGUGGAAGAUGGCCAAGAAAAUGGAGUAUUGCAAGAAGAUGAUGUUGAAAGCGGUGAUAAUAGGAAUGAAUCGGAUCAAACACCACAAACAACCUCUUACAAGAGCUCUGGCAAUGAGAGUAAUACUAUGAAAUCUCAAGAAAAUACAAGCUCAGGAACUCCACCAUCUGUUCCGAGACCUCUUCUUACUAAAAGAGUUUCACAAGACCCAGAUCCUGUUUGGGUGCUGAGCUUAUUAAAAAAGCUAGAAAAGCAGUUUAUGUUACAUUACGCAGACGCCAUGGCGGAGUUCAAAGUGAGGUGGGAUUUGGACGACAAUGAGAUGCUCGAUAAGAUGAUAAGUGAGUUGAAAGAGGAAGUGCACAAACGGAUUCAAUCGAGUAUUAACCGAGAACUGCAAAAAAUUCAAAGUCGGGCUGGCAGGGGUCCGAGACCUCCAGAAAAUACUCUAUCGAGAGAGUCCACGGUCCAGACUGAGCAGCGACGUAAGCGCCCGGUCAUGCGCAAUAAGUCCAUUUUGUCAAGGAGUGAUGAAAAUUACACAGCAUCAGGAACUGAAUACAGCGAUCAGCGCAGUGACGAUGAAUACUGCCCAUGUGAUGCAUGCAUGAAAAAGAAAAUGGCGUCCAGAGCAGUCCAGCGAGCUCAGGCUUUGAGUUUGGCUCCAGUUAUGAUGGAAUUUGAUCUGCGGAAAAUUUUACAAAUGAAAAAGGAUCCAGCCCCACCUACACAACCAAAGACAGAAGAACAGCAUGUAGCCGGCUUGACUUGUGCAGUUGAGAAAGAAGAAAACAACUUGGAAGUGGUUCAUGAACAAGUAGAGGAAGCCAAUGACAAUGCUGGAGACCAUAAAUGUGAGUCUGCAGAUCAAGAGCCAGACGGUGUUUUCAAUAAAGCAGAUGAAGUCAAAAAUGCAGAAAACAUCCAAGAUGUAGACUCUGAGAUGAGAGAUCCAAAUGAAGAGGAAGCAAAUGACGAAAGAGAUUCUGGUGAGGAACAGGAGGAAAAUGUAGCGUGUGAGGAUGUAGAAGAAAAGACAGAUGCUGAGGAGAAAGAGGAGGUAGAAAUUGUUGAGGAUGACACCGAAAAAGAUACAGAAGAAAACUGUGAGAUGAAAGACAGUUCCAAUGGAGAUGCAGCAAGUGCAGAAAAUAGUGAUACGGCUGUGGAGGCGGAAAAAGAGAAUGAGAUGACAGAAACUGGUGAGGAAAUCAAAUCAGAUGACAGGGAAGCAGAAACCGAGACUGGGAAAGAGAGUACUGAAGACAAGUCUACAGAAGAUGGAGGGGAAUCCAAGUCAAAUAAAGACGAUACACCUACUGAAUGUGAAAAGUCAGAUGAAAUUCCAAAUGAGUCCACCAGUGAGAAAAAUACUGAUGGAAACCAAGAUGGAUUUGCAGUGGAUGAUGCCAAUGACGAUGGUACAUCAGACACAGGAAAGGAAGAAGAAAACUUAAAGGAGGUCAAAGAAGACACAGGAAAUGAAUUGGACAAAUGUAGCCCUGUUGAGGAAGAUACUGAGAAGGAAAACUCUGAUGAAGCUGUUGUUGAUGAAAGUGAGAGCAACCUAGAGAAACAGGUAACCAGAACGUCAGUGGAGUCCCAACCAGGAUCCGUGGAGAGCUGCAUGAAUCAGACAGCUAAACUGAAAGAUCUUCAGAGUUUCAUGGAGAGUAUUGAAAGUCAAGGAGACAGCUUGGUUGUGAUUACUAAACAACCACCAUACAAAGAGCCACGUGAAAACAAAAAGGACUUGUGCAAUGGUUUGUCUGGAUGGCAAGUGUCUCCUAAAAUAAACAACAGGGCCAGUAAACAAAAGAAAGGACAGUGAUCUUAUGGUGAACAAUGAAGAACUGUAAUCAUUUGAUAUUCCCUCAUAUAAAGCACUUUAUUACUAAUGUUACCUUAGAUGGGACUUGGACAUUGAUGAUGUGAGAUGAUUAAUUGCACUUUAAAGACCUCUAAAGAGCUAAAUAGAAACUUUUAAGAUAUUUCAAAACUGUAUAUUGUACAAUUCUGUAUAUUUCCAUGUAGUCAAGGUAUUAUUUUGAGUAUGAUAAAACUUUAAUCGACAAAUAAUUUACUCAUGGGUUCAUAUACUCAGUAAAAUACUGUAUCACAGUCACACAUUUGUGUACAUUUUAUCGAUAAACACUGAAUUCUCAGGGUUCUGAAUGUUACAAGUAUUAUAAUAUACAUUCAUUGUUUGCCCCAAACUUAACCAGGGUUAUUACUGCAUUGCUUCUAGUUUAUAUGCUAAAUGGCAUACAUUUCUAAAUAUAUAAUUGCAGAUAUGAUGUAAGAAAGAGGUAUUAUUCAAAUGCUCAAUUUAGCAGCAACUUUUUGCCAUGACUGUAUAUUUCAAAAUGACAUACUUAACUAUGUUGUAUUUAUUUCUGAAGUUGUGCUUGAUGCCACAUUUCACACAAUAGAAGAUCACACCGUUUGUGGUAUUUAAACCAUCCUGGAUCUGGGUUUGUUGUAUGUUGCUAUUGUACUGUAACAUUUACAGUAAUAAAUGUUCUAU